ACAGGGUCCGACGUGCAGGGAUUACCUGAAGAGCAAGAAGAAGAAGGAAAGCAGACGAGUAGAGAAAGAGAUCUUGGAAGGGAAGGAGGAGUUCCAGUCGUCAACCGUUGCCAUUUUUUUUUCUCUUUUUCUUUUUGGUAAGCCUAUGUUUGGAUAAAAAUGAGUAAAAGAAAAGAAGGGGAGGGGAGAUUUCCUUACCCACUCUGCAAAAAAAUUUCUCUGAAGCUUGAGUUCCUUUGGUGUAUGCAAGUGCGUGAAGCGAUUAAGAUUUUCUCCUCCCCUCAGGAGACUGAUCUCCUUGGCAGGAGUGUUAAGAAGAUUAAAGGGGCUGAGUCUGUGCACUCCCUAGGCGAGGCCCCAAUGAUGGAGGCCAAUGUUCAACCGAGGGAGGCAAAUUCCUUCCCGGGGGAGGGUACUGUCAAUGUUACCAUGGUGGAUGUAGCUCACACCGGCAAUGGAGGGGAAACCCAGGAUGACACUAAUAUGUCAGAGGGUGAUGGUAACCAAGAAACCAGAGGACCCAUGUCCUACAAAGACAAACUUACAGGAUCGGAAAACCCUGUUGCAAUUUCCUUCUCUACUAUCCCUGCGUACAUGGACGAGGAUUCGGACGUGGAUGAUGAUCCAAAUGAUGAUUCCCAUGUUGUUCUUUUAUCCAAGGCGGAAAAACAGAGAAUUAGAGCUCCAUGGAUGAAUGCUUUAAUCGUUGAGGAGGAUCUCCAUCGAGUUAUCUUCGGCGGGCCAUGGUUUGUUGGACCCUAUUUCAUGACUUUGCGUAAGUGGGAACCUCCCUUUGUCCCUUCAAAGGCACUCCAAUCUUUCACAACUACAGUUUGGGCUCAAUUGCCAAAUCUAUUUGCGGAUUAUUAUGAUCCCUCCACUCUACAAAAGAUUGGCAAUAAGGUUGGAAAUCUCCUAUGAGUGGAUGCUCAUACAGCCCACCAUACAAGGGGUAAUAUGCUCGGGUUUGUGUCCAAAUUGAUCUAUCUAAACCGGUAGUGAAAUAUGUUCGAAUUGGCAGAUACAGACAAAAAGUAUUGUAUGAGGGAGUUAAUGCACUCUAUUUUUCUUGUGGAUGCAUUGGCCAUCGAAAUUCCCAGUGUACUAAAAAAUGUUCCUCACC